GCGAUAUGGAUCGAAACGAACCAAACCAACCAACUCGCCACCCUCCCAAGCCGCGCGCAGCCCCAACCCCACCGCCGGCGCCGACUAGGCAGGCAGAGCGAACCACGCCAGCCAUGUCGUCGUCGUCGUCGUUCAAAGCGGGGGAGUCGUCUCGCGCCCGCGAGGAACUGAAUCGCAAAUACGAGGUCAAGUUCCAGCCCGGCCCGUGGGCGGCACUCUCUUCCAUCGCCGUCGUCCUCGACGACUCCGCCGGAAACGAGGAGCGAGCAAAGCUGCUCGCGCCCGGCGCCUCCGACUUCCUUCUCGACCUCCGGCCCCCGCUGGACGGCGCCUCCUACCUGGUCCUGCCCAAGCGCCUGGUCCAGGACUCGAAGUGGUUCAGCUUUCCCUGCGUCAUCUCCGCCUGCUCCGACCGCCUCCUCUUCCUCGUUAGCCGCGGCGACCAAGACAGGAACUACGCCUACUUCCUCGGUGACGCCCACGCCGGCACUGCCGCCCUCCUCCCCGACGUCCCCGCCCACCUCGGCGUCGAAACUAAUUUCCCGCGACGCAGCAUCGGCCUCAUCGCCGACCCGCGACACGGUGGCCACUACAUGGUGGCCCAUCUGUAUCCCACCUCCACGACCCGCCACCAGACCCUGCUCUGCUACUCCACCGUCACCGACCAGUGGACCGCCAGGCCGCUGGUCUCCGCCCCGGACCACCCGCCUUGGGGCGCUCACGGCGUCCUCGCCCACGGCGGCCUCCUCUGGUGGAUCGACGUCGCCUACGGCAUGCUCGUCUGCAACCCUUUCGCUGCCGACGACGGCCUGCGCCUGCGCUUCAUCCCGCUCCCGCUUGGCUGCCAGAUGAAGGCCCUCACCGGGCGCGCCCGCCUCUUCCUCGAAGACAUGAUGGACCGCCGACGCAUCAUCAGGCUCAGCCAGGGCAAGCUGCGCUACGUCGCGAUCCAGGUCCAGCGAAUCCCCAAGGAUCAGGCCACGGUCUGCAUGUUCACGCUUGUCCUCAGGCAGGGGGGCCAGCAUUCCUGGGAACACGAGUACACGGUGACCUUCGCCGACAUAUGGAGCCACCGCAGCUAUGCCGAUGCCAGACUGCCGUCGGGCGUGGUGCCCUCGCUCGCCUUCGUCGACCCCAACAACCCCAACAUCCUCUACUUCUUCCUGGACAAGACGCUCUUCGCACUGGACGCACAAGCCAGGCAGGUCCUGCACCACAUGGAGUACUCGUUAGACCCCGAUUAUUACGGGCAACUCAGGGUCCGGUACUCCUGCUUCGUUGAUGCCUGGGUGCUGCCGCCAACGCUUCUCCGCAAGGGUGACAGCCGGUGGACUUAUGACGACGACGAAGGAACGGAUGGAUCUGAUUUCGACCAAACAACAUCUCUGUUGUCCCUGAUGGAAAUCAAGAGCCAGUUAGACGACGAAGGAACGGAUGGAUCUGAUUUCGACCAAACAACAUCUCUGUUGUCCCUGAUGGAAAUCAAGAGCCAGUUAGACGACGAAGGAACGGAUGGAUCUGAUUUCGACCAAACAACAUCUCUGUUGUCCCAGAUGGAAAUCAAGAGCCAGUCAGACAGGGAGCAGACGACGGCUGCCGAUGUGGCAGCUGCCGACUCCGAUGUGGCAGCUGCCGACUCCGAUGAACAAGCUAACAGGGAGCAGACGAAGGCUGCCGAUGUCCCAGCUGCCGACUCCGGUGAACAAGCUAACAGGGAGCAGAUGACGGCUGCCGAUGUACCAACUGCCGACUCCGAUGAACAAGAUGACCAAGCUGCCGACUGCGAUGAACAAGCUAACAGGGAGCAGACGACGGCUGCCGACUCCGGUGAACAAGAUGUCCCAGCUGCCGACUCCGGUGAACAAGAUAUCCCAGCUGCCGACUCCGGUGAUCAAGAUGUCCCAGCUGCCGAUUCCGGUGAACAAGCUAAUAGGGAGCAGACCACGGCUGCCGUUGUACCAGCUGCCGACUCCGGUGAACAAGAUGUCCCAGCUGCAGACUCCGGUGAACAAGAUCUCCCAGCUGCCGACUCUGGUGAACAAGAUAUCCCUGCUGCCGACUCUGGUGAACAAGAUGUCCCAGCUCCCGAUUCCGGUGAACAAGCUAAGAGGGAGCAGACCACGGCUGCCGAUGUCCCAGAUGUCGACUCCGGUGAACAUGAUGUCCCAGCUGCCGACUCCGGUGAACAAGCUAACAUGGAGCAAACCACGGCUGCCGAUGUCCCAGCUGCCGACUCCGGUGAACAAGAUAUCCCAGGCUUCCCAGCUGCCGUCUCCGGUGAACAAGCUAACAGGGAGCAGACCACGGCUGCCGAUAUCCCAGCUGCCGACUCCGGUGAACAAGAUAUCCUAGCUGCCGACUCCGGUGAACAAGCUAACAGGGAGCAGACCACGACUGUCGAUGUCCCACCUGCCGACUCCGGUGAACAAGAUGUCCUAGCUGCCUACUCCGAUGAACAAGAUAUCCGAGCUGCCGAUUUCGGUGAACAAGCUAACAGAGAGCAGACGAUGGCUGUCGAUGUCCCAGCUGCCGACUCUGGUGAACAAGCUAACAGGGAGCAGACGACGGCUGCCGAUGUCCUAGCCGCCGACUCCGAUGAAGAAGCUGAUGUUGAACCAUAGAUAUGCAGCUUCCCUAGUUGGAGAUCGAGGUGCUGCGCUCGUCUCGUGGCUGCUGUCUGAGAAAACAUUUUGAACCAUAGAUACGCUAGCUAGCUAAUAAUCGAAAUAGAAUUCAAUUUUGGUUCAA